AUGAAUCCCGAUUCACCAAGACGCGGGGAUGGUUCAAAUUACCAACGGCCAAGGAAGAGAGCCAAGUAUACACAGGUCGCAUGCAACGAAUGCAAAAGACGCAAGUUAAAAUGUAGUGGAGGAAAUACCUGCACUCGGUGUGCUCGAGAUGAUAUUCUUUGUCUUUAUGCGGCGCACAGGCCGGUCGCUACUACGCCCGAGGAUGAGGCCAAAGAUGACCGAGUAAAUGCCAGAUUUGAAGCUGUCAAUCAACAAUUGGAGAGCCUGCAGAGGGAGAUGCGCACUAUGUCCGCUCGGCUCCGAGAACUCGAAUCUGGAAACAGCCCAGUCGAGUCAUCGAGACUAUCGGCGAGGGGAACUGCAGCAGCCGUUGGAUUACACCGUAUCCUCAAUGCUCCCAAAUCUCCCACGUAUGUUGGUCCAACGAGUGCUGAGUUUGGGCUCGGUCACCAGCGUGGGCUAGCUUCCGCAGACAGCCACCAUAGCGAUCACGACGAUGAAGAGGAUUUUGACCUUUCUACAACUGCCCCAAGCCCUGCGCCCUCUGGUGAGCAAGUGGAUGUGAUUUCUGGCGAUCCUCUGAAGGCUAUGGGCUUGGAGGAGAUAUUGCGUUUGGUUCAGGUCUACGAGGACACUGUUGGUAUUAUGUACCCGUGUGUUGAUCUGGCUAGUCUCCGUACCUAUGUUGUCGAGUUUCACCAUCGAUAUGAUCCAGUUAUCGAUCGUGCAUCUGGACCCGCACCGAGAGCUUCAGAUCAAGACUGGUUCCAUGCGAGAGACAUUCAGGUGCUGAAGAUUUUGUUGGCCACCGCCUUGCUUGUUGAAUCGCACGGUCGAAGUGAGCUUGCGGCGCAGCUGGCGGAUAGUGUCGAGGAUCGCUUUGCUAGCCGACUCAAGGUGGCCGAGGUUGACAUGAAGGAGAUUCUUAUUUUGACACUGCUGUCUAUAUUCCAUUCAUAUCGAGACGACGAAGUCAUUGCCUGGCGGCUAACUGGCAUGGCUGCACGGGGCAGUAUGGAGCUCGGCCUACACCGUCAGGAUACGUGGCACAAAACAGGAGGAGUGUUCCCAGGUGCGUUGGAGUGGAUGUGGGCAAGUCGGUUAUUCUGGUGCAUCUACGUGCUAGACCGGAAAUGGUGUUUUGGAACUGGACUUCCAUUUGCCAUCCAGGAGUCGGACAUGGAUACGAACCUGCCAGAGCCUGGCCAUUCCACACCCUAUUUGACAUGCAUGAUAUCUUAUUCCCGCCUCAGCACGAAGGUCUGGGGACUGGUGGUUGGGUGGCCAAACAGGUCACGGGAGGCGACAGCGGAAAGAUGCGCAUUCCUAGACGCACAGGUACAGCAAUGGGUCCACUCCAUUCCACGGGAGUUGCGAUUCGAUCCAACCUGGCGCUCCUCGGCAGGACGAGAGCACACCGAUCGAGCAAUGAUGCUGCAGGUGCUUCUAGCUCUUCAAGCCAAUCAGCUUCGGAUUCUGGUCUAUCGUCAAAACCUUCUUAGUAGCAACCGCAUCGCAGAAGACCUGUCUGGUGCCUCGACUGCAGUGGAAACCGCCAAGAGUACCGUCCAUAUGCUGGACUAUUUCAGUCGUGUUUCCAAUUUUUAUUUCCAGUGGCCCGAACCUUUCAACUACUUUUUGAUCUCAGCUCUUGCGGCUUUGUUCCUGGCUGUGUUACAUGCCCCGGCUCGCUUCAGUCAGGCCUGCCGACAAGAAUUUUACACUGCGGUUGAUAUGGUGCGCCGAUCUGCCACACGAGCUCGCACAUCUCGACGUCUUCAAAAAAUCAUUCGCAGUUUGAAGCGAAUCCAGCUCAACGUGCACUGGCAAAAAAACCCAGGUCGCCAGUCCUCAGAUCGUCAUUCACGGGCUGUUCCUGCAAAUGGUUCUACUAUCUCCGACUCGAAUUCCGGUGCCCCAAGCCGUUCAAGGCACAUCGAAUCUCGCGUUCUAUGGGAUUCCACUCCAGGAUCCUCAAAUGUUGACUCUCCAUCCCUUCAACACCCCCCGAGUCUCUAUCAAACUCCUGGAAUGUCGACCCCUCAACAAUCCUCAACAACAUUCUGGCCUUUAUCACCUGGGACAGCACCGGAAGCAGACUCCAAUGAAUGCGAGGAUCUCAGUAGUUUCUUUGAGAUCGCCGGCGGUCUGUAUUUUGACCCAAGAGCUGGGGCUGACUAUACAGGAGCGAAUACAGGGAUCUCAAACUGCGGAGUUGCUGAUCGAUCGCCCAAUGCACUAGAUGCAUUUCAGGCAGAGGAUGAGGAGCUGACGCGAGUCAUGGCUGGCUUACUAUAA